AUGGCGGCGGAUAAUGUGACGGAGGCUGAGCUGGAGGUGCGACUUGAGCACGAGCUGCUGCUCUGUGAGCAGGACUUCUUGCUGCGUGAGACGGAGGCAACGACAUGCAUCAGCAACCGGGCGACUACGGCGCGCAAGAAUGCGGCAGAGACGGACAUCGGACUUCUGCGCGCGUACUUGGAGGGCAUGCGCCGCAAAAACAGGGCUGUGUGCUUUGCGGCGGAAGAGGGCAUGCGGGCAAAGGUGCUCGCCGCAAAACGCCGGUCAGAGGAGCUUCGCCGAAUUCUCUCGGAGCUGCAGAAGGAGACGACGGAGAUCAGAGAACGGUGCGCAUCUAUUUCCAUGUGA